UGGCAAUUGAUGGAUGAACUGAUAGUCUAGUCAGCAUGUGAAAAUUGCUCCCAGCUAUGACAACACACCCCAAGGAAAAGAGGGAUGUAUCUGCUGGCCACUAAAGGUUGUCCUUUCAUCUGCUGAAUACUGGCUGAGCAGUUUCUUGGAGCUGUUCAAGAAAACAAUGAUCCAUUUCUCCUUCAUUGUGCAAUUGUUUUUGUGACUUUCACAAAUCAAGACUGAUUUAAGAAGCAAGCCACAAGAUGAUGCAGCGGUGCAUACAUUCCAAGCACUUUUGGCACUGAGAGCAAUUUGAGGGUAUCUCACCAGAAGGUCAACGUGAUGACGGCCUGGUCUAUGGUGGAAAGGCUGAGAAUGGAGAAGAGGCACUCCCAAGAUGAGAGGACUAUUGAGCAAGACGGCAGGGAUUGCAGCACCGAAUCUGAAGAAUGGACAAGCUCCGAGAGUGAACAUGAGGAGCCUUGUGUCAAGAACAGCUCCCACAACCCCCUGCCUAGGGAGAAGGACAUUCCCCCCCACAAGCUUCACCGGCAGCUUUGCCGCUCUCCUUGCUUGGACCAGCCCAGCUUCUCCCAGAACAGCCUUCUUCAGGAUUUAAAACUGGAAGAUGGUAAAACAAACUCGGACAAAGAAUAUCAAGCGAAAAUUGAUUUCGCUUUAAAACUAGGCUACGCGGGGGAUCAGAUUCAAGCCGUGUUGAACAAGUUGGGGGUGGAUGCUCUCAUCAAUGAUAUUUUGGCUGAACUUGUGAGGCUUGGCAACAAGGCUGAGAAUGAAGGGCCAGCUAGCCUGGGAAGUAGCACUGCUCCCACGGGUGGAACAGCUGCCAAGGAGGUGACCAGCCCCGAGCUGUCCCUGGAGGAGGAUGUUGUGGACAGUUCUGACAACUUGAGGCCGAUCGUAAUUGAUGGAAGUAAUGUGGCAAUGAGCCAUGGAAAUAAAGAAGGAUUUUCCUGUCGAGGGAUUCAACUAGCUGUUGAUUGGUUUCUGGAAAAAGGUCACAAAGAUAUAACAGUAUUUGUGCCAACCUGGAGGAAAGAACAGAGUCGACCAGAUGCACCAAUUACAGACCAAGAAAUCUUGCACAGAUUGGAGAAGGAAAAAAUUCUUGUUUUCACCCCAUCGCGGAGAGUGCAAGGAAGACGAGUUGUCUGUUACGAUGACCGCUUUAUAGUAAAGUUGGCCUAUGAUUCUGAUGGCAUCAUUGUGUCCAAUGACAAUUACCGGGACCUUCAGAAUGAGAAACCAGAAUGGAAGAAAUUCAUAGAGGAACGGCUGCUUAUGUAUUCCUUUGUAAAUGACAA